AUGACUGAAGCGUUACGUCUACAGAUCGAAGUUCAAAAAAGACGACACGAGCAACUUGAGAUUCAAAAGAAUCUACAGAUGAGAAUAGAAGAACAAGGGAGAUACCUCCAGAUGAUGAUAUUUGAGAAGCAAUGCAAGUUUGGCAUCGAUGCAUUCCAACCCGCUUCAUCCACCCUAGAGAAAUCAGAAACCGAGUUGACGAAUGAGAUCUCGAGUUCUCCAGCCCGAACCAAAAUAGAGCCCGGCCCGAUUAAAGUUAUGUCACCAUCAUCAGAGAAGCAAGAGGAAGAACGUGAACCCUCGGAAUCACAACCCUCAAAACGCGCUAAAUUAAACGAGUCGUCAUCAACUGAAUCGUCAUAA